AAAUAUAGUUCCUCUUUUAAAUCCGCUUAGAAAAGCGCUACGUUUUAUUUUGUACCACCAAACUUGCUCGUAUAACUACUCGUCUUAAAUAGGAAAAACGUUGAUGUGUUUGGUCACUUCUAACUUUAUCUCUAAAUGGUACCAUUGAAUGAAUGGGGCUAAGCUAAAUGCUAUCGAAGCGUCGCAGCGCGCCCCAGCGCUUACGUGCACGCACACAGAUGAUAGAGGGAUGUAUCAACAAUUCUUAGUUAAGUGUCCUACACAUCUGUCUGUGACCCAAGUGUACAGGGGGUUAGAUCCAUGCUCCAGGAUCUGCAUUGAAAUCAUCUUUUGUGUUUCAUUGAAGAAAGUAAAAUGGAUGGGUUUGGAAUAACAUCAAGACAGAAAUUUCUGGCAUUGCUUGGUCUGUGGUCAGACAUCAUCGCUGGUCGAGCGUGCUGAAGGUCUCUCUGUUUUUACCAGGCAUAAACCAUCCACCUGCUAUGCAAAUACACACAGAGAUACACACACCUCCCGCACGCUACUUACAGGACUCAUAUACAAAGUUCUGGAAGAUUUGCAUUCAGACCUCACAGCGGAAAUUUUCCUGAUGAACUCAAGACCGCAUUCAUCAUGAGUUUCUUCGGGAAGCUAAAAACAUCUGUACUACACAGUGGACCACCUGCCCCACCCAGGAGAACAGAUAAUAGUUCUGGAUACGGCUGGCCAGAAGAGGAAUUUGAUGAUGAAGAUGGAGAUAUGUAUGAGGCUCCACCAUGUGAACCUUCUCCUAUAAAGCUCCAACCUCGUCAAGUAGAGGAAAACGUUUACCUGGGUUGUCCGGACAGAACCCCAAACCCUUUUAUUUCCAAACGUCAGGCAGCGCCACCGCCACGACCCGCCAAGGUGCCGCAUGCAGGCAAAAGCACGAAGCCAGAACCACCACAUGACCCAGAAGAUUUUUACAUUGACCCCAAUGAUAGCAAACCUCCUGAGGUAAUACGAAAGGACAAACCUGGUAGAAAGGCUCCAUUUAAGAAACCCAUGGGCCCUCCACCGGCAGUACCACAGGAUGAAGAUGUUUACUUAGACCCAAAUGAAGGCCAGGAUGAUGACACAUAUCUGGAACCUGUCGCAGACUGCCCUCCUGUACCCCGAAGCCCUGCCCGUAUGCCAGCGGCUCCUAAAAAUGUCGUGCGAGACCCUCCACCACCAAUCAUGAAACCACCUGUUCCCAGAGCCAAAUCUAGUUCACUUCUGAGCAACGAUGGCUUGAUCAAAGUUCUACCGUCAGAGAUGAAACGCUCCACAAUUUCAGGCCAGCUGCCCCCUGCUGUACCGACUCAUAAACCGGCUCCUCCCAUCCAUAUCAUGAAAGAACCCAAACCCAGCCCCCCUCUACCUCCAAGUAUGGACUCAGCAGCGCCCUCUUUUGGAAUGAAACCCACCACACAGGGUUUUGCACAGCAGGAGGCGGGGCUUCAGGACAGGCAGUGGUUUGCUGGAAUUUGUGAACGCAAGACUGCAGAGGAAACAGUUCUCAGGUUAAAUAAGGACGGCACAUUUCUGGUCAGGUGCAGUAGUUCUCAGAAUGGACAUCAACCCUACACGCUGGUCGUCCUCUUUCAUGACAACGUCUAUAACAUACCUGUUCGGUUUCUGGAGGACUCUCAGGUCUAUGCACUGGGGAAAGAGGGCAAGAAGUCAGAAGAACUGUUCGGCAGUUUACAGGAGAUGAUCUCACAUCAUAUGAAAAAUCCCAUUUUGUUAAUUGACCGUAAGAAUCAGUCCAAACACUCCACUUACCUCUCACACCCUGUACGGCCAUAAUGUCCUCAUCAGCUCUCUCACUCGCCCUCUCUCUCUCUCUCUCUCUCUCUCUCUCUCUCUCUCUCUCUCUCUCUCUCUCUAGUCUGACCCUAACACACAUACUGUAUGCUCUAAAACACUCAAAUUAUUUAUAAUAUGUUAUUUGUACUAUAUACAUUUAUUGUCUUUUGAAUUUAGUAUACUUUAUUAGUGUUUUUUGUUUUUGUUUUAAUGACAGUUAUACAGUUUAUUAUAUGUCAUAGUUAUUAAAUAAAUGCACAACUGGUGUUGGUGUAAAACUGUUUGAAUAAAAGAAAUUCAGAAAUGUCA